AUGGCGCCUGCCCCAUCGGCUUCCUUCUUUUCUUUGCCACUGCCCUCCUGGUUACAGCCAACAAGCACUCGCGUCGCCCAAUAUGACCACCGGAAACGCAAGAAGAGCGACGAGUGGAGCGACGAGGAGGGGGACUUGGCAGAUACGACUGAUGCUGCCUCAGGGACGGAAUCAGUUCCUGGUGGCCAGUCUCUGAUUUUGACGCCCAACGAGUCACACCAGUACCGAAUUGCCGGCCUCUCUUUCGAUCAGGAGCUGCCCGGGGGGACUUUCCCCACGGGCCCGCAAAGGAGGAUCAUCAUCGUCAUGAGAACUUGCCGAGCCAGCUUUUUGCCGUCCCCGGCGCACCAAGGCAACCUUCGACUUCAGCACCUAUCGGUAUUAACCGCCAUUCUACACCGAUGUCUGCUCGAAAGAGAUUAUGUACGCGCUGGAAGAGCAUGGGGGCUUAUCUUGCGAGAAGAGUUCAGAGGACUUCCGGUGGAUGUGCGUAGUGAAGGCAGAUGGGGUAUCGGUGCUGAGAUCCUACUACGGCGAGGCCAACCGGAGCCAGCGGGGAAUGCUCGUGACCGAUCAGGUAGCACACCUCUGCCCUUCACCAAGAAGGGCUUUGCGGAGGCACAGUCUUACUAUGAAAGGCUGAUCCUGAAUCAUCCCUAUUCUAAAAGUGCCCCGCAUGCUAUCUCUGCCCUUCACUUCUAUCCGGCAAUGUUUGGGCUGUGGAUUUAUGUCACCCAGGAGGAAAGUAACUCGGCGAGAAAGAAUGUCAUGGAUGACGACGACUCCUCUGAUGACAUGUCCGUUGAGGAAGAUUCCUCAGUCGAUUUCGAGACCCGCCAGUCGAACAAGAGACAAGCGCGCAUUGCAGCUAUCAGGACUCAGGAAUUGGAGCAAGCGCAACAAAUCGCGACACGUAUGGAUAUGCUUCUCGGAUCACCGCCAUAUAUGGACUCGUCCGAAUUGCUAGAGCUUCGAGGUAUGGUAUCCUUGUGGAUUGGUGAUUUGCUAGUCGCGUCUUUGGUCACGCCUCCAGAUCUUGUUGAGGACGAAGAGGAGAACAUGGAGGUCGAUAUAAUGCCGACGGACGACCUGACAGGAUCAUCCGAAAAGAGACGCGAACAAAGGCUUGCGAUGGAAAAGAGGCAAGUGGAAGUCCAAAAAUCGAAGGACUUCUUAGAGAGGGCGACGCGACGCGGAAGGAGUGUUGCGUAUAAUAUGGAGCACCUUCAUAUCGACGAUGGCUCUCCUUGA